AUGGACUCAGAUGAUGUCCCCCAGAUAACCAUCUCGCCGUACCUGGCGCUUUUGGAAAGACGAUUGUUUCUAUCGGCCCCCCAGAUGGCGUUGCCGGAGGUUCCCCAAACAAUAAUCUCCCAGGAUGAUGGUCCCCUGGCCAGGGAUUUGAAGUGUUUGAAGUACUUGUUGGCUAGUGCUGUUUUCAAUAAUAUCGAUAAUUCUGAUAAUAGCAAAACAUACUACAUUGCCGCAGCAUCUAUGGCCAAGAGAAUCUUACUAUCGACCAACCUAUCUCCCGAUGAUUAUGCGUCGAUUUACCAGCUUUGGGAGUCAAGGCUCACGAGUCUUGUGCUAUCCAAUGAGCCGCAAUGCGUAAACAUUGCAAAACAAGAGUCCAAAAAGCUAAGUAACCAUUUGUUCAAGUUGACGCAUGUUCUACACGGGGAGAAUCGCAAGAUAGGGUUUCCUGCCAAUAUCCCAUUGAGUCUUGAGUUGUUGAUAAUCAGAUUACGGACCAAUAGUCCGAGUACCUUAUCGUCAUCAGAAAUAUUCAGCCUAUUGUGGAUCUUGCGAGAGAAUGUCGCCAAGAAUAUCGAUAGUAAAGCGAUGGUUGAUUCGUCUACGGUAAUAAUCUAUCUAUUGAGUUUCAACAUCAGUGCCAAUUUGAUUGCUAAAAGGGACUAUCCAACCUUCCUCACUCAUAGCGAUUCAAUAAUCGAUAACUUAAAGUUGAAGUUCGAAACCAAGAAGGGCAACGAGUCGGGCUAUGCGUCGCUAAAAUUAGUGGACCAAAAAUUAUUCUCUGAUUAUUGUCUCUUGGCAUCAUUGGUAUCGCUAAUCCAAGGAAAUUUCUCAAAAUCCAAAUCUUAUACUGAAGAAUUGUUGGCAAUCAAUAAAGUUGAGACAUUAUCAAAUUUGCCAUCCAUCAAUGUUCUUGUAAAAGUUUUGAUGACCAUCGCUCCAAUAUUAGAUAACGAUGACCUCCUUAAUCUCAAGCCUUUAGAUAAGAUUCCAAAGAUUGAAUCCUGGGAAGACUUGGUUAAUCUCUACAAAGACACCCGAAUCACUGGACGGAUUUUGUGUCACUUUUGUGGGUUGAUCGAGCUAAACGUGAGAAAUGAUGGUGACUUUAUCGAUAUCUUCCGUAGUGGGAAAAGAAAGAAUGAUUUGAUAGUGAAAUUCGAUACUGCUUUAGGCAAAGAUACGGUUGAUGAAGGGGAUCCCAAGGAGCUGGUGAUUGAAGAUGUGGUCAAGGAUGACAGUAUCGAACAUGUAGAUAUAUUGAUAAAUUGCUGGAAGAUGAAUAUUGACAAGGUUUACGGGAUGGAAUGA